AUGAUGUUGGCAGGCAGUGUCAGGGCCUAUUGUGUGGCUGAAUGUGGAGGUUUGGAGCUCAGGGAUGGAGCAAUCUUGGUCUUCCUGCCUGGCUGGGACAACAUCAGCAGUCUCAAUGACCUGCUCAUGGCUCAGCAGAUGUUCCGAUCAGACCGGUUCGUUAUCAUCCCUUUGCACUCCCUCAUGCCGACUGUUAAUCAGACACAGGUGUUCAAAAGGCCUCCUCCAGGAGUUAGAAAGAUUGUGAUUGCUACCAAUAUAGCUGAAACCAGCAUCACCAUAGAUGAUGUUGUUUUCGUGAUAGAUGGAGGCAAGAUUAAAGAAACCAACUUUGACACCAAUAACAACAUCAGCACUAUGAUGGCAGAGUGGGUUAGCCUGGCCAAUGCCAAACAGAGGAAAGGACGUGCUGGCAGAGUGUGUCCGGGGAAGUGCUAUCAUCUGUACAAUGGUCUCAGGGCCAGCCUGCUGGAUGCCUAUCAAUUACCCGAAAUUAUGAGAACACCACUGGAGGAGCUCUGCCUGCAGAUCAAGAUAUUGAAGCUUGGGUCUAUUGCUCGGUUCCUUGAGAAAGCCCUUGACCCUCCCACUGAGAAGGCCGUCAACCUGGCGAUCAAGAACCUCAUAGACCUGAACGCCCUGGACCGCUCAGAGAAUCUGACAGCAUUAGGUUUCCACCUGGCUCGUCUGCCUGUGGAGCCUCACAUUGGAAAACUCAUCCUGUUUGGAGCUCUGCUGGGCUGCCUCGACCCCAUACUCACCAUCGCUGCUUCACUCAGCUUCAAAGACCCUUUCUUCAUACCCCUGGGUAAAGAGAAGAUGGCAGACAUGAGAAGAAGGACCUUGUCCAGAAACUCCAAGAGUGAUCACCUCACUAUUGUCAAUGCCUUCCAGGGCUGGGAGGAAGCCAAACAACGUGGUGCCAGGUAUGAGAGGGAGUACUGCUGGGACAACUUCCUGUCUGCCAAUACACUCCAGAUGCUGCAUAACAUGAAGGGUCAGUUUGCUGAGCAUCUCAUGCAUGCAGGCUUUGUCAGCAGCAGGGACCCCAAAGAUCCCAAAUCUAAUGUCAACUCAGACAAUGAGAAGUUAAUCAAGGCGGUGAUUGUAGCCGGUCUGUACCCGAAGGUGGCCACGAUUAGACCAUCUCACAGCAAAAAGAGGCCUGGGGUGAAGGUGUACACCCAAGCUGAUGGAAAGGUGUGUAUCCACCCAAAAUCAGUCAACGCUGAGGAGACUGAGUUCAACUAUACGUGGCUCAUCUACCACCUCAAGAUGAGAACGAGCAGCAUCUUCCUGUACGAUUGCACCGAGGUAUCCCCGUUCUCACUGCUGUUCUUCGGAGGAGACAUCACAAUACAGAAAGAUGAGGACCAGGAGACUAUCGCCGUGGACCAGUGGAUCGUCUUCAGAUCACCAGCACGCAUCGCUCACCUUGUCAAGAGUUUGAAGAAAGAGCUGGACUCUCUGCUGGAGGAGAAGAUUUGCAACCCUGCUCCUAUAGACUGGCAAAACCGUCAGUCCAAAGACUGUGCUGUCAUCACAGCCAUCACGGACCUCAUCACCACCCAGGAGAAGCCCACAGGCAGCACUCAGGGCGGAACAUGGACACCUGCCCCAAGAGGACAACACAAUUACUUCAAUGACGACGACGAUGAUUAGAGUUGGCCUUUUUUUUUUUGGGCUGCCCAUGAGGAGAAAAGCCUCGGGAAUGAGUGACUGCAUCCUUGGACACAGAGGUUAGUUGGGAGAUUUAUGAGAACCAGCUGGUCUCCUUGAUGGUGUUGCCAAAGGUCAAACCCAGGACUCGAGAGUACUGGAAAUGUUAUGCACUUGACUCCCACUACUAAUUUUUUGCCCAUUCUGUUAUUUUGCAAGGACCAACUCAUGUUCAAAUACACCCAGUAGCUGUUUAUUGUUUAGUUUGAACAUUGCUGGUGUCACUAAAUGGACUGAGUAAUAAAGACAGUAUGUUAAAAAAAAAA